AUGACAAUUUUUUUAAACAGACAACAUUAUUAUCUUUUUUUACUUAUUACCUCAUGUUAUUUGUUUCUAUUCAUCAAUGCUAAUAAUGAUACUGAUCAUCAUUCCAAUGAGACAAUUGAAGAAUUUAAUACAACUGUUAUUAGUCUAACAACAAUCGAUGAUAUUUUAAUUGAUGAUAAUAAAAAUGUUUCAAUUGAAAUCAAUGAUGUUUCAUCAUCUGCAACAUUUAUUUAUUCUACUCUAUUGUCAACAUCAGUUCCAUUAGAACUAAUAACUAAUGUUAACGUAACAGAAUUAAAUACAACUGAUAACGAAGACAACGAUUUAACAACAACAAUAUUAACACAAAUUAAUGAAACACAAGCUGCUUCAAAGGAAAAAACUGAAGAACAGACUACAAUUGUUUCUAAUAUAUCUUGUGUAUUAUCUAAACAUAAUAUUACAGAAAAAAAUGGUAGAAAAAAAAAAGAAUUUUUCUUUUAUAUAUGUAUAUUUCAUUACUUAGGUACAAAUACAGCAGGAUGUAAUAAUGAAACUAUGAACGUUCCAAUUUCAAAUAAUACAGUGGCAUUUAACAAUGAGACAGAAUUUAUUAGUACAAUCGAGAACGACGAUAUUAGUACGACAACAGAAAAAAAUGAUAUUUCUACUGAAACAUCGACUGAAAAUAUUACUUUCGUUACAAAUGAAAAUACUUCUACUGACUCUGAUAUGAAUAGUUCUACAACACAAGAAUUACAACAUACUAUGACAGAAAAAUCAGAAAGUACGACAACAGAAGAGUUAGAAAGUACUACAACUGAAGAUUUAGAAGAUACUACAAUAGAAUUAAUUGAAACUACUACUCAAACUUAUAUAACAACCGUAAAAUCUGCUUUAUGUGUUGAUAAUAAAUUUGAAUGUUGUCCUGAUGGAAAAACAUCAGCAAAAGGACGUGAAUUUGAAGGAUGUAAUACAACAGAAAAAUGGAUUUCACCAAUAACAAAACAAUCAUUACAAACUGUAUGUGAAUUGGAAAAAGAAGCUGGUAGUUGUAGUAAAUAUGUUAAUAUGUGGGCAUAUGAUCGUCAACAAGGUAAAUGUAUAAGAUUUUGGUAUGGAAGUUGUGAAGGAAAUGGAAAUCGAUUUGAAACUGAACAACAAUGUCAAGAAACAUGUAUUAGUCCAAAAGGAAUUGAAGUUUGUUUAUUACCAAAAAUAACUGGACCAUGUCAUUCAGCUAGUAAUCGUUAUUAUUAUGAUCGAGAUAAAAAAGAAUGUCAACAAUUUCAUUAUGGUGGCUGUAAUGGAAAUGCAAAUAAUUAUGAAACUAUUGAAAAAUGUCAAUCAACAUGUGUAAAGGAAACUGUUGAUCAAUGUACUCAACCUGUUGACGUUGGUCCAUGUAAAGGAGAAUUUUCUCGAUUUUAUUAUGAUAUUAUAACUGGACAAUGUCGAUCAUUUAUGUAUGGUGGUUGUAAAAAGAAUAAAAAUAAUUUUGCAACAUUAAAAGAUUGUUUAAAAACAUGUGUUGAACCAAGACAAAAAGGUACAAAUGAAAAGACAAGCAUAAUAUUUUACUUUGAAUAUUUUGAUUAUUAUUUUAAAGAUAUUUGUUUGCAACCAAAAGUUAUUGGUACAUGUCAAGAACGUCGACCAACUUGGUAUUUUGAUAUGAUUGAACGUGAAUGUAAAUUAUUUCAAUAUUCAGGUUGUAAAGGAAAUCAUAAUCAGUUCUCUACAAAAGAAGAAUGUGAUCUCUCAUGUUCAUCAUUAAAAACAUCGGCAACAUUAACAAAUGAUAUAAAAGCUGUUUGUAGUUUAUCAAUGGUACGUGGUAAUUGUGAUCAACAAAUAUCUCGUUGGUAUUAUAAUCCAGCUGAUCAAUAUUGUCAUUCAUUUCAAUAUACUGGUUGUCAUGGUAAUGCUAAUUCAUUUGAAAUUGAACAAGAUUGCCGAGAAAUAUGUCACGCAAGAGAAAAAGAUAUCUGUACACUUGAAAAAGAUUCUGGUUCAUGUGAUCAAUAUAAAAUCAUGUGGUAUUAUGAUUCAUCAAGUGGACAAUGUAAAAAUUUUUAUUAUGGUUCAUGUGGUGGAAAUGCAAAUCGUUUUGUAACUGAACAAGAAUGUCAAUUACGUUGUUUAAUUAAAACUGGAAACUCUAGUUGUUUUCAACAAGUUGAUCAAGGUUAUACUUGUAAUGAUACAAAGUUAGAUAAAAAUCAAACAAAAAAACCCAUAUUAAAAUUUUUUUAUGAUCAACAAUUAAAAAAAUGUUCAUCAUUUCUUUAUCAUGGUUGUGGAGGAAAUGAAAAUCGAUUUGAUGAAGAAAAUCAAUGUGUUGAAAAAUGUGCUACUGAUAUAACAAUUGGUCAACAAGGUUGUGGAUCAAAUAUGAUUCGUUGUAAUAUUCAAUGUAGAUUUGGUUUUGAAAGAGAUCCAAAUGGUUGUGAAAUAUGUCGUUGUUUUGAACCUUGUCAAAGACAACAAUGUCCAACUGGUUAUGAAUGUAUUAUUAUUCCAGAGCAAACUCAAUGUUUACAAGCACCAUGUCCUGUUCCGAGAGUUGAAUGUCAACCGAUUAGUUUUGAUCAAAUGGCUCGUUCAAGUGGAGGUAUUAAACCAAUAAUUGAAAAUUCUAUUACACACAUAUUUUCACAAUUUGAUGCUAAUGUAACAGUGCCAUGUAUUUUACGACAAGGUUAUCCAACACCAGUUAUUUACUGGUAUAAAGAACGACAACAAUUACAAGUACAUGAUUCAAUGAGUAGUGGUAUAAUAGUACGAAAAAUUGAACGAUUACCAGAUCAAUCAUUAUUAAUAAGAAAAGUAACACUUGAAGAUCAAGGUCUUUAUACAUGCAGAGCAAUUAAUGAUUUUGGACAAGAUAUAAAAGAUGUACAACUUGAAAUUUUUGAUUCAAUUAAAGUUGAUAUCUAUCCAAUUAAUCGCAUUUAUCAGCUUGGUUUUACAGCUAAACUUCAAUGUCGUGCUACAGGUUAUCCAUUACCACGUAUAACUUGGAUGCGUAAUAGUGUACCAUUACUUAAUACAACUCGUAUAACACUUCAAAAUGAUGGAUCAUUAAUUAUUCAUCCAUAUAAACGAGAAGAUGCAGGUCCUUAUGUAUGUAAUGCAACAAAUAAAAAAGAAAGUGUAACACAAGUUGCAUAUUUAGAAGUCAAAGAAACACGUAUUGAACCAAUCUGUGAAGAUCAACCAACAUUUGCCAAUUGUGAACUUGUUCUUCGACAUAAUUUUUGUGAUGUAUACUUUGAUUAUUGUUGUCGUACAUGUUCUCAACAUGGACAAUAUUCAUCAGAAAAAUCGAUUAAACCACGAAAUCGUCGACAUGUGUUUUUUUAA